UUAUUACCAAGAAUUUGAGUUAAUUUAACAGUAUUUUUAAUUUUUGUUGAUUUUUUUAAUAAAUGUGUAAAUAAUGAAAACAAAAGUUCAAUACAAAGUCAACGCUAUCGCAGUGUAAAGUGAAAAAGGGAAAGGCUGCAAGCUGAAUAUAAUAAAAUCGAAGAAGAAAAUCUGUUCAAAUUGGCGACAAUUGAUUAAACAAUGUUUUUGAAAAAUCAUUUAGUGAAGCUAAAGGAUUCAAGUACUGAGAAAAGAACAGAUAAAUAAGUUGUAGGUGAAACCAGUGCAUAAAAAUGCUGCUUAACAUUAACAACAACGUAGCACCGAGGGAGAAGAUGUUGAAAGAGACCUGCGGCAAGCAUAAUAGCAUGUCUUCACAGUGUGGAAUGCAGCGAGGUGCGUUCACAUUAUUCAAUGCGAAAUAUAGGCGAAAAUGUUUGAUGUUAAUGUUCAUGAUGCUGGUGCACGCUGGAUUCAAUGAUUUGACACGAGUAUCGGGCACAGGCUAUAAUUGCACAGCUCAUGGCGGUGUUUGUCAAAAUGAAGGUCAAUGCAAAGAGGAUACAUGUUUAUGUGCUGAUGGAUGGCAAGGACCCGAAUGCCAAUUUUGUGGCGGUAAAGUGAGGAUGUAUCAUUCAACCGGUACCAUCCACGAUGGUUGGGGUAAUUAUUCUGUAAGUGUUAAGUGCAGCUGGUUAAUUGACACACGACAUUUACACUGGAGUCGCAAACAUAAUAGUAAGCCUCCCACAAUUCGGAUGCACUUACGUGAGUUCGCCACAGAGUGCGGUUGGGAUCAUUUAUACAUAUACGACGGCGACAGUGUAGACUCGUCACUUUUAGCCGUAUUCAGCGGACUUAUGUAUAGAGGCAAUUUUUCCAUACGCAGUGUACCUCAAGUCAUAGCCCGUUCGGGUACAGCAUUAUUGCACUUUUUUAGCGACGAUGCUUACAAUAUGUCUGGUUUUAACUUAUCAUAUCGUAUGGACGUUUGUCCAAGCGAUACGGAUGAACUAGAAUGUUCAGGCCACGGUAAAUGUGACGGUGGCUUUUGUAUCUGUGAUCCUUUCUUUAGAGGAGAAGCUUGUAAUAUAGCUACUUGUCCUAACGAUUGCACCGCGAAUGAGGGGCACGGUGUAUGCAGCAUUGAAAAAGAAAGUUGCAUUUGUAAAAAAGAAUACGGAGGCAAUGAUUGCGGUCAACUAAAAGCCCAUGGCAUAUGGUCAAAUAUUAACCCAAAACAGUCGCUGCCACCACCGGGAACUGCUUCACACGCCUCUGCAGUUUGGCGGGACACUUUGUACAUCAUCGGCGGCGAAUCCUAUGGUCGUGGAGAAUUUAUGACAACAUACGACUUUAACGGCAAUGUCUGGGAGACUGUGCACAUUGAAAAAGGUAGUAGUGUGCCGCAUCGUCGCUAUGGUAUGUCUACAGUCAUGUAUGGCGACAAAAUUUUCAUGUAUGGUGGUGUGGUAAAGGGAGUAGGCAUUUCAAAUGAAUUGUGGGCUUUUGAUGUAUCGGCCAAAAUGUGGGAAAAUAUAACAGUAAAAGCUGAACCUUGUAACACAACUGCAACACCAUAUGCCAUGUGCGGCCCUUUGCGCAUUUCCGGCCACACAGCCACUUUAGUACCCGGAUUUGGCGACAAGUAUAGCUAUCCAUAUAUGGUGUCGAUAUUUGGACAUUCCCCACAAUAUGGUUAUUUGAAUACAGUGCAAGAGUUCAAUUUCGGAACACGCGAAUGGAAAAUUGUUGAUACGUACGGUUUUGUUGUAAAGGGUGGUUUCGGACAUAGUGCCGCUUAUGAUUUUCUUUCCGAGAAAAUUUAUGUUUAUGGUGGCAUCGUUUCGGAAACAGAAUCAAGCCAAGUGCUAAGCUCAAAACUGUACGCAUACUCGCCAUCAACACGGAUUUGGUCUCUGUUGUCAUCAGCACCCUCCGCUCGCCUUUUGCACUCAGCGAAUUUUGUGAAUCCGGGUUUGAUGAUAGUAUUUGGCGGUAAUACUCAUAAUGAUACCUCGCAAAGCUAUGGAGCCAAGUGUUACAGCCAAGAUUUGCUAGUUUAUGAUGUAUUCUGUGAUUCGUGGCAUAUGCAGGAUAUGCCUGCGCAUCUGCAAGCUGACUUGGCCAGAUUUGGCCAUAGUUCAGUGGUGUUUGAGGAUGCUCUUUAUAUAUAUGGAGGUUUUAAUGGGCAAUUGUUAAAUGAUAUACUUCGCUUUGAACCAGGGUUUUGCGCUUCCUAUACCAAGCAAGAAAAGUGUACCAACGCUAGGCCCGGCAUUAAAUGUAUUUGGGAUGUUCAGAAAAUGCGUUGCAUCCCUAUUACGGAAGUAAAGCGUUCUGCCAUUUAUGCUCGCGAACAGUACGAUUUUUACGCCUGCCCGUCGAAGAGUCGUCUAACAAUGACAUCUGAAUUAUUAAACGACGUGACACGUUGCCAUGAACUAAAUAAUUGUCCCUCGUGUGUUUCUAACUCGUUUGGCUGUACUUAUUGUGGCAGUGGCGUCUGCACAAAGGAGCGAUGUCGAGAAAUCACCUCGGUUACUUCGGUGUUCUAUGAAGCCACUACACAGCAUCAGCAACAAAAUCAAGAAUCAAAACCACAGUUUGUUGUGGCCGCCAGUACACCACCAUUAAACGUCAAACAAUUGGAAAGCUGCCCAGGAACAGAGAAUUUCCUCGCAAUAGCAAUAUGCGAGCAACUACACAGCUGUCACGCUUGUUCAGCUAACACAGCGUGUAUUUGGGAGCCAGAACAUAAUAGAUGUCGCCCAUAUGUAUCGAGCAAUAGUUUAAACAUACGUUUGGUGGAGGAAAUAAUCUGCCCUCCGUCUUGCGCCACUCUGAAUACCUGCUACAAUUGCACCGAUGACGAUUGCAUCUGGUGUCAAAACGAACAAAGGUGUGUGGAUCGCAAUGCCUACACCGCAAGUUUUCCAUAUGGUCAAUGCCGCGAAUGGACUACGCAUACUUCCAAAUGCCGCACGACUCCUACUAGAUUUAGUACAAAUGCUACGGUAGUUUCUAGUGCACAAUGUGGUUUCUACAACAGUUGUACACAAUGCUUGGACGAUCCGGCUUGUGGAUGGUGUGACGAUGGUUCUCAAACAGGUCUAGGGACUUGUGUUGAGGGGGGCGCUUUAAAACCCUAUGAUCUAAGCGAAUGCCCUCUAAAACAGUGGUUCUUCACUUCAUGUCCUCGUUGCAAUUGUAACGGGCACUCACGUUGUCUUGAUUCUAUACAUUGUGAACAACCCUGUUCUAAUUUAACAUCCGGUAGCCACUGUGAGAAAUGCAGUCAUGGCUAUUGGGGUAAUCCUAUCAACGGCGGUCAAUGUCAAAAAUGCGAAUGCAAUAGUCAGGGCGAUGUCUGCCAUCCAGACACCGGUAAAUGUUAUUGUAAUACCAAAGGUAUAGUGGGCGAUCACUGCGAGAAAUGCGAUUCGCAAAACCACUACCACGGUGAUCCCAUCAAAUCGUCGUGUUAUUAUGAGCUGGCCAUUGACUAUCAGUUUACAUUUAAUCUUUCGAAAAAGGAGGACCGUCACUUUCGACAAAUCAAUUUUAGAAAUUCUCCCGUUAAGCCAGAAAUUGAUGCGGAUUUUACCAUAACGUGCAGUGUUCCAGCCAAAAUGGACAUUUCAGUUGCACGAUCGGGGUCUAAAGCCGAAAAUAUCUUCCGAAGUAUUAAUUGCUCAACAUUUCGUCAUCGCUUCGCGAAAACGGAAUAUAUUUUUGGUAACUCGCCAGAAGACAAUAGUUCAUUGACAACGUUUUAUGUGAUGGUGCACGAUUUUCAGCCACCCAUUUGGAUACAAAUAGCUUUUUCCCAGUAUCCAAAGCUCAAUUUACAGCAAUUUUUUAUAACCUUCUCCACUUGCUUCCUUUUGUUGUUAUUAAUGGCUGCCAUAUUGUGGAAAAUUAAACAGAAAUACGAUAUGUUUCGCCGUCGGCAAAGGCUGUUUGUAGAAAUGGAACAAAUGGCCAGUCGACCGUUUUCCCAAGUAUUGGUGGAAAUGGAGAACCGUGAGAGCAUUGACCUGACACAGACGAUGGAGGGCAUAACUAACGUGAAUAAAAAACGCAAAAAGGAUUGUCCAAGUCCAAUAGCUUUAGAGCCUUGCAGCGGUAACCGCGCUGCUGUUUUAUCACUUCUAGUCCGUUUACCCACAGGAGGAUUACAGCAUGCUCCUGCCGGUCAAUCAGCUGGCCUAGCAGUAGCCAGUGCUUUAGUAACACUAGGUAAUCCAAGACGUCCAUCAAUAGAGCACUCGAAAGAGCCAAAAACAAAACGAAAACAAAGCCAACAUCCUGACAGUUGUACAUAAUAAUGCGAGAGAGUGUUUUUUUUUUUUUUAAUUAUUAUUAAUUAAUUAUUAAUAUUACUAUAUAUUAAUUACGGUUUUAUGUAGAAUACUUAGAUUAUGUAACAAACAAGAAACAGAAAAACUACAAAAAAAAAAAAAGUUUAAAAAAAAUGUAACUUAUUUUGUUAAUAGUAUCAAAAUGAAGACGACGCAAAAAGCAGAAAAGAUAAAUGUGCGACAUUAUUGUAUUAAGUGAUAACGACAUCAGUAACAACAACAACAACAACAAGAAAAUUGUCAUAUUUAAUAUUAUACACACAACAUAUUAUCUAAAAGAGUAAAUAAAUUAAAUUUAAUUACACACAGAGAUUACAGCAAAAUGUAACAAAAACGACGGCAAAGCAACCAACAAACAUUGCAUACAAAAUGUAUAGCAUAGUUACAGAGAAAAGAAGUAUAAAAAAAAAAGAAAGUUUAAAAAUCUAAACAAAUUUGAUGCAAAUCGAAAGCUAUAUAAUAAGCAACAACAACAACAACAGCAACAACA